ACUUAACCCCCCGCCCACCGCUCCUCUCCAAUUGGUAGGUGCGUUAUUCUCACCACGCCCCUCCUCCCUCCCCCUCCCCCCUCCCCCUCCCUUUCCCCGUUCAAAACCCUAACCCUAGUGGGAGAGAGAGCUCGGGCGAUCGAUCGAUCUUGGGGUUAGGAUUUGUUCAUGCGGUUUGGGAGCUCGGCGCCGGCCGGAAGCUCCUCCGGUGAUGGCCCAUCCGAGCAAAUUUGUAUCUGUUAACCUUAAUAAGUCGUACGGUCAGCCUUCCUCCUCCUCGACCGCCGGCCAUGGCCGGCCCCGAUCCGGCGGCGGUGGGAUGGUGGUCCUCUCCCGGUCCCGGAGCUCGGCUUCCGCGGGGCAGAAGACCAGGCUCGCCGUUCCGCCCCCCUUGAACCUCCCCUCGCUUAGGAAGGAGCACGAGCGCUUCGAGCCUUCCUCCUCCGGGACCUCUGCCGGACGUGGGAUCUCCGGGCUCAGAUCUGUCUCGGGCCCUUCGACGAUGGGGUGGAGCAAGCCGGCCCUCCCGCCAGCUUUCCAAGACAACGAAGUCGGCGCCAUAGAUCAGGCUCAGUCUGGCAGAUCGGUGAUGACGGGAAAUCAGAGGCCCGACAGCCCUUACAUGCCUCCAGGUGCCCGGCCUGUUGGGCAACCGGUGCCGGUCUCUCCGGUUCAAACUUUUUCGGAGAAAGCCGUGAUCUUGAGGGGCGAGGACUUCCCUUCUUUGCGAGCCACUGCCAUGUCUGUUCCAAAACAGAAGGAGGCUUCGAAUCAGAAGCAGCGGCCGAAGCAUGUGGGCGAGGAGCACUCAGAUGGGCGGGCGGGGAGAUUCGAGUCACAGGUACCUCUCGAAAUGCGCCCCCAGAUGAGAUCCUCUCGUCCCAGUACCAGUACUGUGUCAGAUGGUGAUGGAGGCUUGAGCCGGCAGUCUGGUGCUCUGGAACGGUCUCGGAAGCAGGAUGGGUACUUGCCUGGGCCUCUCCCACUUGUGCGGCUGCAGCACACAUCGGACUGGGCUGACGAUGAGCGUGACACAGGCCUCAGUAUCCCUGAAAGAGAUAGGGAUCAAAGGAACUCAAGGUUUGAGUCGCUUCAAGUCCAUGACCUAUAUGAUGGCAGGGGGAUGCGUGAUACUGAAGCUGGCGGUGCUUCAUCAAGGGAGUUUUUCAGAGGGGAUUCUUUUGGGAGGGAUGUAAUGGUUUCUAAUAAAGAAGGCCGAGAUGUUGGCUCUUGGAGGACACCAAUGCAACCGAGAGAUCGGUUAGGUGCCCAAGAGUUGGGAGUUGGUAGAGAUAGAGUUGAUGUCAGGCGUUUUGGUGUAAGCAGAGAAAUGGGCAGAGAGACCAAUAGUGGUCAAUCGCCUCUGGGAGACAGUGCUCGAGAUGGUGGGACUCAGGAUUCUCUGUAUACCAGGAAGGAUCUGGGCUUUGGUACAAACGCUCAAAAUGGGAGAAGCAUGGCAGAAGCUUUCAGUGGAAAGGGUGCGGAGCAGAAUACUCGUUUCCGGCAGCAUGAUUUUCCCAGCAACUGGAACAGAGGAAAUUCAAUUCAGAAUAACAUGAUUCCUAAGAGUUCAUUCCCUUCUGGCAGUAAAGGGCUUUCUUUGACUGAUCCAAUACUGAAUUUUGGUAGAGAAAAGCGGCUGACUGUGAAUAAUGGGAAGCCAUACGUUGAUGAUGCUGGUUUUGACAUCAGGGAUCCAUUUUCCGGGGGCAUUGGGGAUGUAAAUGUUAAAGUCUUCAAGAGGAAGAAAGAUGCACCAAGUCAGGCUGAUUUCCAUGACCCUGUCAGAGAAUCAUUUGAAGCAGAAUUGGAGAGGAUUCUGAGGAUUCAAGAGCAGGAACGGCAGCGUGUAAUGGUAGAACAAGCUAGAGCACUCGAGCUUGCUCGGAAGGAAGAAGAGGAGAGAGAAAGGCUGGCCAGGGAGGAGGAAGAAAGGAGGCGGUUGCUUGAAGAAGAGGCAAGGGAGGCUCUUUGGAGGGCAGAGCAGGAGAAGCUGGAGGCUGCGAAAAGAGCUGAGGAGCAAAGAAUUGCAAGAGAAGAGGAAAAGAGGAGAAUUCUUAUGGAGGAGGAAAGAAGGAAAGAGGCUGCAAGAAAGAAGCUCUUGGAAUUGGAGGCAAGGAUUGCAAAAAGGCAGGCUGAAGCUAACGCAAAGGAUGAUCAACUUCCCUCUGCUGCUGCUGAUGAACAGGUGCCUGGCCCAGUCAAGGAGAGAGAUGCUUCAAGGGUUGGAGAUGUUGGGGACUGGGAGGAAGGUGAGAGAAUGGUCGAACGCAUUACUAGCUCCGCAUCAUCUGAUUCCUCAAAUAUCAACAGAUAUUUUGAUUCAGGUUCUAGGCCUUACUCUUCAAGAAAUGGAAAUCCUUCAUUUACAGAUAGGGGAAAAAAUGCAUAUCACUGCAGUAGCGGAAAUAGCUCAUCACUUCCUUUUCAUGAUCAAGAGAAUACUUACAGAAGUCCCAGACGAGAUUCAUUUGGAUCUAAGAGGGGCUUCCCUAAGAAGGAGUUUCAUGGUGGUGGUGGGAUAAUGUCUGCUAGGCCAUUUUCUAAAGGAGGGAAUGUUGAACAUUCACAGAUGCAAGAUGAUUUCCGCCAUGCAGGGGGGCAACAAUGGAGUGGUAGCAGAGAUGGUGAUAAUUUCAAUAGAAACUUAGAUCUUGAUGCUGACUUACUUGAUAAUGAUAAGUUUGGUGAUGUUGGAUGGGGACCUGGUAAUUCUCAUGGAAGUCCCCAUGCUCCAUAUGCAGAACGUGUGUUUCAGAACUCUGAGGUUGAAGGGUUGUCCUCCUUUACAAGGUUUCGUCAUUCUUUGAAACAACCCCGUGUGCCUCCGCCUCCAUCUAUGACCUCAAUGCAUAGAAGUUCAUAUGGACCUCCUGCGGAACACCCUAGCUCGUCAUCAUUUAUGGACAGUGAAACAUGCUAUCAUCAUGCAAGAAGAAAUGAACAACAAAUUAGGCAGACAGGAUAUGACAGAGUGUAUCAUGAAAAUCUUAGAGAAUCAGGAACAACACUAUUAGCUGAAGAUGAUGUUAUCCAUUCAGAUCAUAAUGAGGAGAACAAUAGCCCAAGAUGUGACUCGCAAUCCUCUCUUUCUGUUUCAAGUCCUCCUCGUUCACCCAUGCAUCCUUCACAUGAUGAAAUGGAUGUUUCUGGAGAUUCUCCAGCAUUACCACCUUCUGCUGAUGGGGAACGGACUGUGUCAUCUGACAAUGAGCACAAUGCAUCGGCUUUGGAGGCAGGUAAUCUUAAUUCAAUGACAACUUCAAGUUCAGCAUCUCAUGGAGAAGAUGAUGAAUGGGCUAUUGAAAAUAAUGAAGAAAUGCAGGAGCAAGAAGAGUAUGAUGAAGAAGACAAUAACUACCAGGAAAUAGACGAAGUCCCUGAAGGCGAUGAGGAAAAUCUUGACUUGGGCCAGGAGUUUAAACACUUGCAAUCAGAUGUGCAGAGUAAAGAUGGGGAGAUGGACCAGGUUAUUCUAGGUUUCAAUGAAGGUGUGGAAGUUAAGAUUCGUAGCAGUGAUGAGUUUGAAACGACUCCCAGGAACAGUGAAAAGGCAACUGCUCGGGUGAAUUCCCCUGGUCCUAUGGAAGAAAUGAUUAGUAAUGAUGUAGAUAGUUUAAGAACAGAUGGUGCGCUUCCGGAGGCAACUGCAAACAAUUCAUCAAGAAUCAUAAAUGAAACUGAGAAGGCCCUGCAAGAUUUGGUUCUUGAUCUAGUAGUAUCCACCAGUCAUCCUCCUGGGAAUGUCGAGACAUCUAGUAGCUCCGGAAUGCCCGCUCAAAAUCCAAUUGCACCUACUUUAAGCUUGCCGAUGCCAUCGUCCAUAUUCCCACCGUUCUUGCCCUCUGCAUCUUCUGUUGCUACUCAGGCUGAAGUACCCGUUAAACUUCAGUUUGGUCUGUUUUCUGGUCCAUCUUUAAUACCAUCUCCUGUUCCGGCCAUUCAAAUAGGUUCCAUUCAGAUGCCAAUCCAUCUACAUACUCAGGUUGGCCCUUCUCUAACUCAGAUGCACCCUUCACAGUCUCCACUGUUUCAGUUUGGCCAGUUGAGGUAUACGCCCCCCAUUUCUCAGAGCGUUUUACCACUAGGUCCUCAGGCCAUGCCCUUUGUGCAGCCUCCUACUCCAGGUUCCUAUUCUUUGAACCAGAAUCCUUCAGGCUGUCUACUCAAACAAGCGCCUCAAGACUCUUCCCAAAGCAAUCUGGGAGAUGGAAUACCUUCUACAGAUGAUGAGCCUAGUCUCCCACAGAAGAUACUUGAUCCUUGUCCAGAAACCUUGAAUUGUGAGCAGCUGAAUGCUUUGUCAGACUCUCCAAAGAAAGGAGUUCUAGCAUGUCUGAAUCAGACAGACAGAUCUUCCAAUAAUGGCAAGAAAGCUACAAGUCAAUCUUCUUCCCAAAUUGACCGUCAUAGUAAUCAAGAUGGCACUUCAAAGAAGAACUAUAGACUGAUUGCUAAUAGAGAAUCUCAAAAUCAGCUAAUUUCUGAAGCCCAAUCUUCCCGAUUCCCUUCAGGAGGGAAGGCUGCAACCGUGUCAAAGGCUCCUGGAAUUGGCUCAGGUGGCAGAGGGAGGAGAUUUGCCUAUGUGAAGAAUGCUGGUUCAAAAUUAUCAUUUUCAGGAGCAGAACCCUCAGUCACAGAUUCAGGUGGCUUUCAGAGGAGGGGCCGGAGGAACAACAGGAGAACUGAGUUCAGAGUUAGAGAGAAUUUUGAAAGGAAGCAGACAGAGGGCACAGAGCUAUUUUACCAUGGCAGGCAGGACAAAAGGCCACAUCUCAAGGGAAGGGCCUCAGGGAUUUCUGUAAGGAAUGCAGGCAAAAAAGAUGUGAUGUCCUAUAGGUCACCCAGGAUGAUAACUGAACCAGAUAACUUAAACUCAGGUUCUUCCAGUUCACAAGUAGUUAGUUCUGAGAGCAAGCCAGAUAAAGCCACUGGAAAAGAAGCUCCAUCAAAGAGUAUAGCUUCUGUGGACAAAUCUUAUGGUGGAAAAGGGACUUUAAAGGCAAAUGGGAGUUCUGAGGAGGAUGUUGAUGCUCCUUUGCAGAGUGGAGUUGUCCGUGUUUUCAAGCAGCCAGGCAUUGAAGCUCCUAGCGAUGAAGAUGACUUUAUUGAGGUAAGAUCCAAGAGACAGAUCUUGAAUGACCGGCGAGAACAGAGGGAAAAAGAAAUUAAGUCCAAGUCCAGGGUGCAGAAGCAGGCACCUCGCAAACAACGUGCCAUUCCUCAAAGUAAUUCUGCUACAUCGAACUUAAAUAAAGCCGUGGCCUCUUUGGGUGGAGAUGCUGCAAACAGUGUCCAGUCUGACCCUACUGUCACAGAAGGAAGGGGAUUUACCAGCUUUGAGCCACCACUUGUAUUCCCAGCUAGCACAACAUCUCAGACUCUACCGCCAAUUGGCACUCCUUCAGUGAAUGUUGAUUCUGAGACAAGGUCCAUUAAUUUGAAGUCCAGUCAGACAGUCCCUGUCCCUGUCAUAACUAGUGGUGGGACAAAGCUUGUUCCAGGCUUGGUCUUUGAUAGCAGGAAUGUAGCUCCAGACAAUGCUUCAAUGCCUUUGGCUUCCUGGGACAGUGCAAGCUUAAAUCAGCAGGUUUUGGCUUUGACCCAGACUCAGCUUGAUGAAGCUAUGAAUCCAGAACAAUUUGAUUCACAUGUGGCUUCUGGCAUGGUUCCAGAGCCCCAUAAACCCAUGGCAUCUAUCAUGGCUCAAGAAAAACCUCUCUGUUCGUCUCCAAGUCCCAUUAACUCCCUCCUUGCAGGGGAGAAAAUUCAAUUUGGAGCUGUUACAUCACCAAGCAUUCUACCUCCUGUUAGCAGAACUGUCUCUAAUGGACUUGGGCCUCCAGGUUCAUGUAGGUUGGAUGUCAAAAUUGAUUGUAACUUGCCUGCAGCUAACAAUGAUGGCAACAUGUUCUUUGAUAAAGAGAAGCAUCCUGACGAACCUUGUCCAAAUUUAGAAGAUCCAGAGGCUGAAGCUGAAGCCGCUGCAUCUGCUGUUGCUGUAGCGGCUAUUACUAAUGAUGAGGUAGUUGGAUCUGACAUGCACCUAGCUUCUGCUUCAGACACCAAAAGCUUCAGUAGUGCAGAUGUCACUGGGUUAGCUGCAGGAGGUGUGACAACCAGUCGACAAGUAACUGGUCAAUCAACUGGUGAAGAGUCCUUGACUGUUGCUCUGCCAGCAGAUCUUUCUGUCGAUACUCCAUCGCUCUCAUUAUGGCCUCCUUUACCCAGCCCCCAAAGUUCUGGACCAAUGCUUUCACAUUUCCCUGGAGCACCACCUUCUCAUUUCCCUUGCUUUGAGAUGAAUCCAAUGUUAGGGGGGCGUAUUUUUGCCUUUGGGCCCCAUGAUGAGUCGGGUGGCACCCAGGGACAAUCACAAAGAAGUACUUCUUUGGGCUCUGGUCCAAUUGGGGCUUGGCCACAAUGCCAUUCUGGUGUGGAUUCCUUUUAUGGCCCUCCAGCAGGGUUCACUGGUCCUUUCAUCAGUCCUGGAGGAAUCCCUGGUGUUCAAGGUCCUCCUCAUAUGGUUGUCUACAACCAUUUUGCUCCAGUUGGACAGUUUGGGCAAGUAGGCCUAAGUUUUAUGGGUACUACUUAUAUUCCUACUGGAAAACAACCUGACUGGAAGCAUAACCCAGCAUCUUCCGCAGUUGGUGAUACUGAGGGUAACCUUGAUAAUCUAAAUGUUGUUUCUGGUCAGUGCACCUCGCACAGCAUGCCUACUCCGAUACAACAUCUGGGCCCAGGAUCGCCUCUUAUGCCAAUGGCUUCUCCUCUGACCAUGUUUGACAUCAUGCCAUUUCAGUCAUCUGAUGUACCAAUGCAAGCUCGCUGGUCUCAUGUACCUGCUCCACCGCUCCACUCUGUUCCACUAUCCAUGCCACUCCAGCAGCAUCAUAUGGAGGGUGUGAUGCCUUCGCAGCGUAACCAUAGUUUACCAGUAGAUAUGUCUACAGGAAAUAACCAGUUCCAUGAACCUCACUCAUCAGAACCAGAUGAUGGCAGUAGAAACAUCCCAGUUCAAAGAUCUACCACCUCAGAAUUCUCAGGUCAGCUGGGUCUGGUGGAACAACCAACUUCCAGUAUGCCCAAUGCCCAAACCAUGAGGCCUUCAUACAGCCCUGCAGGUGGGAACAAUGACGAGGUGUCCCACACAAAUAAGACCUCAGGAAGAACUACUGUUAUCAGUGGGACUGAGAGCAGCUGUGUUGGGGAAACUAGCAAUAACACUGGCAGCUGGACUUCAGGAUCUUCAUGUAAGCCGCAACAGCCAACAUCAUCAGGUCAGCCGUACCUUCAUCCAAUUGGAUAUGCUGAUCAGCGAAGUGGAGCUUCUAAAAAGAUGGGUUCUGGAGGUGAGUGGCACCGUAGGACAGGAUAUCAGGGAAGAAAUCAAGGUUCAGGUGCAGACAAAAAUUUUUGCUCCGCCAAAAUGAAGCAAAUAUACGUGGCUAAGCCGUUAAGUGGACCUGGCAACCCCAGGGUGAAUAAUGUCUGAUUUCCUCCUCAGGAUCACUCUGCUCUGGUCGAGCUAAUGUUUCUGUGAACAACCAGGGAAGAUUACUUUAUCCACCAUUGGGUCCUGCUCCAAUACCUGCUUCUGUUAUUUACUGAUGUGCUUAUAUGUGGUAGCUUCAUGUCUUUUCUGGACUUAUGAGAACUGCAGAGUGAUAGGUGAGAAGGGCAUAUCUCAACAUAUAAUUAUAAGUGUCAUUUGCCACUGUAUGGAAGCAUAAAUAUGUGGGUUGAGCUUGGGCUUUUCAAUCUCGGAACCCUGGCUUUGAUAUUGUUGUAUAAGAGCUGUUUGGCUGUCUUCCUGCAGUAGCUAUUAUUUUUUGGGUUACAAGAAGGAAGGUGUAGAGCUGUGGACAGCUGUGAGAAAUCGAGUCUGAAGUUUCAUAAUUUUAUUUGAUGUUGUUAGUCAGAAUAGUGCCUGUUUGGGUCAUUCCAAUUUUCUUUCCCAUCCCCUUGCGCGAUGUAAGACAACUUCAUGCAGUCUAAUAUAUAUACUUUGCCCCUGUC